AUGACGCAAGCGCCGCCGAUGCACCGCUACUCGCUGCCGUCCUCGGGCCACCGCUUGGACCGGACCCGUGUCGACAUCCUGCGCGCGGCCGUGCGGGUCACGGACGACUUGCCCAAGCCCUGCCGCGCCAACACGUUCUUUGUCAUGAAGGUCUACGACGGCUCCGACUACCAUAUCAUCGAGCAGAGCUGGUCGGCCUUUCGGGAGCUCAAAGCGAAUUUGCUCGCGGCGCUCGCCAAAGGCCACAAGUGCGGGAACGGACCGCUCUGCGGCCAGCUCCACGGGCACCUGAAGCGCAACUUUGACCGGCCAAAGAGCGCGAAUCUGCGCAUGUGGCUCCAGCUGCGUCUACGCCCGCACAAGGAGGUGGCGACAGCCCUCUUUCUUCAGCAUUUUCAAGACCUUUUGGACACGCUUCUGGUCGUGCUGCGCCAGGACACGAUCGACUGCGUGACGUCCGACGUUGUCAUUCCGUGA